GCUUUUGGAAGACAAUGGUAAUGGGGAAGAGAAGGGAGAAAGUAGGUAAAAGAUCUCAAACACUACCCUCAUCUCCUUCCCACUCUUUCUCUUCAUCCUCCUCCUCCGACUUCGAGUUCACCAUCUCAUUUUCCCCACGCGCCGCCACCUCCUCCUCCCUAUGUCCGGCGGACGACCUCUUCUACAAAGGCCAGCUCUUGCCUCUCCACCUCUCCCCUCGUCUCUCCAUGGUCCGGACCCUCUUAUCCUCCUCUUCCUCCUCCUCCACCGCCACUGCCUCUCGCGACUCCACUGCCAGCUCCUCCAACGACUCCCGCUCAUCUUUCGCCAGCGACAUCCUCCUGCUCGCCGCCGAUAACUGCGGAUCCUCGAGGCCGAGCUCCGUCUCCGAAGACAAUGGUAACCAAAUAUUUCCAACCCAUCAUCAACAACCACAACAACAACAAAUCAAGAAGAACAAGUAUUUUUCUUUGUCUAGAUUCUCUUCCAUGUUCAACAAAGAAAACAAGCAUGACCAGGUGGUGAACAUGGCGGCGGCGCCACCUUCAUCGGUUAAAAAGAUGAGCAUAACAGCGAAACGAGUUAUAAGCAAGUAUUUGAAGAAAGUGAAGCCAUUGUACGAGAAACUAUCGAAUAAACAAGUCGAAACGGUCUCGGCUUUGUCGUCGUCGACGUCGGUUCCGACUUCGUUCUCCAUCAAACCAAUGAGAUCUGUCAAAGAAAGCAACAACAAUGGCGGAUUUUCUCACUCUUUCUCGGGAAACUUGAGGUACCCAAGAAGGAGAAGCUGCAUUUCGAGCUGCCCUUCGUCGAUGCGGUCGUCGCCGAGCCACUCCGGGGUGCUUUCUCGAAACGGGGUUCCGCUGAAUACGGGUCGGGUCGGUGGAGCCAUGCAGUACCCGGACCAGUCGUCGAUGGAAGAAUUGCAGAGUGCCAUUCAAGGUGCCAUUGCUCAUUGCAAGAAUUCUUUGGUUCGAAACAAGAGCACUGUGAUAAGUAACGAAAUUGUACGGUAAAAUCUCUUUGGAU